GUUGCAUCCACCAGCGCGAAGAAAAGCUAGCCAGCCCUCUUCCCACAAACAAACUCACACACAGACAUUAUUCCUCUCUCCUCCCUUGGGAAACCUUUCUGCGCUUUCUUCUUCUAGCUCCCGGCCCAGAUCUCCUUAAUUACCUUCUUUGGCACAGUCGGCGCGAUCGCUUCCGGCCGGAGAUCCUGCCGUGCUCAUCACCGUCCUUGCUCUUUGAGGGCGAGCUCCAUUUUCAGUGUGUGAGAGGAAGGAAGAUUAAGAGAGAGAGAUGGGGAGGGGGAAGAUUGUGAUCCGAAGGAUUGACAACUCCACGAGCCGGCAGGUGACGUUCUCGAAGCGGCGGAACGGGAUCUUCAAGAAGGCCAAGGAGCUCGCCAUCCUCUGCGACGCCGAGGUCGGCCUCAUGAUCUUCUCCAGCACCGGCCGCCUCUACGAGUACUCGAGCACCAGCAUGAAGUCAGUGAUAGAUAGAUAUGGCAAGGCCAAGGAAGAGCAGCAGGCCGUCCCAAAUCCCAACUCGGAGCUUAAGUUUUGGCAAAGGGAGGCAGCAAGCUUGAGACAACAACUGCACAACUUGCAAGAAUAUCAUCGGCAGUUGAAGGGGGAAGAUCUAUCUAGGCUGAAUGCUAAGGAAUUGCAGUCCUUAGAGAAUCAGUUGGAAACAAGCCUACGUGGUAUCCGCUCAAAGAAGGACCAGUUGUUGAUUGAUGAGAUUCACGAACUGAAUCGGAAGUUGCAGGCAAGUCUAUUUCAUCAAGAAAACAUGGACUUAUACAAUAAGAUCAACCUGAUGCAUCAAGAAAAUGCCGAGUUACAUAAGAAGAUAUAUGAGACCGAAGGACCAAGCGAAGUCAAUCGGGAAUCACCGACUCCAUACAACUUUGCAGUAGUAGAAAAUACAAAUGUUCCUGUGCAACUUGGACUCAGCACACCACCACAACAGAAUAACAUUGAGCCGUCGAGUGCUCCUAAGCUUGGAUUGCAAUUAAAUCCAUGAAGCAGAGUGACAUUGCCAUUCUUAUUAUGCCGAAGGGAUACUAUUAAUUGUAAAGAGAUGAUACUCAGAGCAAAACAAAACUUAGUAUUUAUGUCAGAGAGAUUUGAGAUAUGAACUAGUAAAUGUACUGCAAAAAAAUUUCAGGCUUGAACUGAGCUGUGGAAUUCAGGGUAUGAUUGUUUUAUAACUGCAUUGAUGUUUGAUAAGACUUCUGUUACAUUAAAUGGGUGCAAGUUUGUUAGUACACUUACUAGGCUUGUAAAAAUAGAUGAUAUGUAUACUAGGAAAAUACAGACGUCCUAGUUUCUACCAGUUAAAUCUUGGCAUGCUGCAGGCAAACCAGAAAAUAAGAAAGACUGCUACGUCUGACAUCUUCAGGCAUGUCAUGUCUAACAAAA